AUGACUAUCCCUUACCCCUUGAUCGGCCCUGAAUCCUACGGCCUCGGUGCCUCGUCUCGUCGUCGCAGCAGCAGUCCCAGAAGUCUCGAUCAGAGUCACGUUGAAGCUGCGUUUAAGGAUAUGAAGAACGGAUCCGAGGAGCAUUUGGAUUCUUGCAGCAAGUCGUCGACUAGUGGACAUGGUUGGAGAGCUAAGUUUUCGCGGAAGUUCUUUCACUUCUAA